AUGGAGGCACUUCAGUUCAACGUGGACAACGGCUACCUCGAGGGCAUCGUUCGCGGUUACCGGGGGGCGCUCCUCACCCAGAACAACUACCACAACCUGACACAGUGCGAGAACCUUGAGGACUUUCGUCUCCAGCUCUCAGCGACCGACUAUGGAAACUUCCUUGCCAAUGAGCCCCUUCCUCUCUCCACAGCCACCAUCGCGGACAAGUUCAACUACCUCAGGACGAACGCCGUUGAGCCGCUGGCCAAGUUCCUCGACUACAUUACGUACGCGUACAUGAUCGACAAUGUUAUUCUCCUCACCCUCGGUACCCUGCACGAGCGCGACACCCACGAGCUCUUGGAGCGCUGCCACCCGCUAGGAUGGUUCGACACCCUGCCAGCUCUCUGUGUUGCUACGAACGUCGAGGAGCUUUACCACACUGUACUCGUCGAGACCCCCCUUGCCCCCUACUUCCGCGACUGCCUUUCAGCUCAGGACUUGGACGACCUCAACAUCGAGAUUAUCAGGAAUUCGCUGUACAAGGCGUACCUCGAGGACUUCUACAAGUUCUGUCAGACCCUUCCCUCUCCGACGGGAGAGGUCAUGCAGCGUAUCCUUGCAUUUGAGGCCGAUCGCCGAUCGAUCAACAUCACGAUCAACUCGUUCGGCACUGAGCUCACCAAGGAGCAGCGUGCGCGUCUCUUCCCCACUGUCGGUCGUCUGUAUCCCGAGGGCAACAACGCUCUUGCCCGUGCCGAUGAUGUCGAGCAGGUUGUCGCGGCUGUCGACUACGUUCCGGACUACAAGCGGUUCUUCGACAAGGCGGGAACCUCGAGCACGGGACAGGGCAACAACGAGGAGUCCGGAUCGAGCCUGGAGGACGAGUUCUUCAAGCACGACGUCGACCUGAACAAGAAGAGCUUCCUGCAGCAGUUCCAGUACUCGGUCUUCUACUCAUUCAUCAAGCUGAAGGAGCAGGAGGUGCGUAACCUGACGUGGAUCGCCGAGUGCAUCGCCCAGGACGCGCGUGAGAGGAUCAACGAUUACAUUCCGAUUUUCUAG